AUGGCCCUGUCUUUUCUAUCGCAGUCGAGAGAUCCCCUCCUACUGGACGAGCGUGAGUUUGAAGUUUCGCCGAACCUGGAAUCCAUUCUUCGACAUCUCCGUCUCAAAGACCGGCAGCGGUCGAUCUGGGUUGAUGCAAUCUGUAUCAACCAGAACGACCAAGCUGAAAAGAUGCGUCAAAUCCCUCUUAUGUAUCGCGUCUAUGCACAAGCCACCGCCGUAGUUGUUUGGUUAGGCGAUCAAACGCCCGAAAGCGACCUGGCCAUGCAAUACAUCGACAAGGUCUGUGCGCCGGUCGAGACUGGCAAAGAAGAGAUGAUAUCGGACGAGGUGGCCAGCCGCGAUUGGCCACUAGAACAUUUCUCGACUGCUCCGAUGAAUCUGGAGGAACUCCGGGAGUUGACAGCUUUCACAAGUUACUGA